AUGCUGGAACGAUCGGAAAUGCUCAGCAUUUACUCCAUGCUGAGACAAAUGCGGCUGCGCUGGAGCGGCCAUCUGGUGCGCAUGGACGACGAGCGACUACCCAAACGACUCCUCUACGGAGACGUUGCGAUGGGUUCUCGCCGCCAAGGUGGUCGAAUUCUUCGAUACAACGACACUCUGAAGUCCACCCUGAAGCGCCUGCAAAUCAACCCGACCAACUGGGAAGAGCUCACCCUCUACCGACCGACAUGGAGGAGGACACUGAAGACAGCCGCUGCGAUCUAUGAGGCCAAUUGA